AUGUCUUCUUUUGAACCUGUUGUUGUCGUUGACGGUAAGGGCCAUUUAUUGGGUCGUUUGGCUUCUACUGUUGCUAAGCAAUUGUUGAAUGGCCAAAAGAUUGUCGUAGUCAGAGCUGAAGCUUUGAACGUAUCUGGUGAGCUAUUCAGAAACAAGUUGAAGUACCACGACUACUUGAGGAAGGCUACUAUCUUCAACAAGACUAGAGGUCCAUUCCACUUUAGAGCUCCAUCAAGAAUCUUCUACAAGGCUGUUAGAGGUAUGAUUGCUCACAAGACUGCCCGUGGUAAGGCCGCUUUGGAAAGAUUAAAGGUUUUCGAGGGUGUUCCACCUCCAUACGACAAGAAGAAGAGAGUUGUCGUCCCACAAGCUUUGAGAGUUUUGAGAUUGAAGCCAGGUAGAAAGUACACCACCUUGGGUAAGUUAUCUACCACUGUUGGCUGGAAAUAUGAGGAUGUUGUUGCCAAGUUGGAAGAGAAGAGAAAGGUCAGAUCUGCUGAAUACUACUCCAAGAAGAAGGCCUUCAACAAGAAGGUUUCUGUUGCCACUGCUGCUGCUGCUGAGUCUGAGGCCGCCAAGCAGUUAGCCCAAUUCGGUUACUAA